GCUGCUUAGAAACCGGUUUCCUCCAGUUCCAUGGGCAGGGACACAACAGCAGCAUUUCAAAGGCGGAACAGCGUGCUAUUACUUAUCAACUAAUCAAAUAGUCUAUGGAAAUUCAACCAACUAUUCGAUAAGUUAAUUGAAAUUUAAAAUCCCUAGCUCUGCCUCCACUGUGCAUCUGCUUUUUAACUGUAGUAAGAGCCAUGCUAAGUGAACAUAUGGCUAACUAAAAUCAUGCCAGACCACGGAUGUUGCCAAUCCAGAGAGUGCCAGUUAGAGAGGUUUAACCUGUACUGAUCUGGGCCGGAUUGCUGUUUGGGACUUGGAGGGUCCCAAUGCUCUGAACCUUCCCUCUCCUCAGUAGCCCAAUACCCUAGGAGCUUCCAUCUUUCUGUGCUGUUCUGUUUCCUGUUUUUCUGGACAUGUCAGUGUCUUAUCUUAAAUUUUCUUCAGUUUGCUCGCUGCACUGUCAGUGUUUGCUCUGGUAUAAGCAGCCUGUUUAUGACUAGUACACAGUGUGCUUUCGGUCCUGAGGGAAGGGCUGUAGACACAUUCUUUUGAGAUUCUUUAAAUGGAGUAUAUCUACAAGGCCUCAAGGGCUGCUGGCAGAGAGAGAUGGGGCUGGAAGAAAAUCUGAAACUGCUGAUUUAAAGAUCCUGUUAGAGACAAAAACUACACAGCUCUGAAAGCAAGAAAAGGGAAAUAAAUUCAUUCAACCCUCCCCACCCGUAAACCUGUAUUAAAACACUCAUUUCACUACCUUAAUGACACCUGUGGUGAAAUUAAUACAUUUGAAUCAUCCCUAGACUGAAUUUCUGUAUUGAAUCACAGCACAGAUAAAUCCCACACUGCCACUUCUUACCAAUGUAAUUCAGCCUUGAUUCAACGGGACCAGAUUUAGGCAGGAGGGAAGAGGAGGAUGGAUAUUGUUACAAAUUUCUGGAGCUUGGGGCAAAUGACACUGCUUCAUGGCAAGUUAGGAACCUUGAUUAGAGUUUAACUCACAUGCUAUAUUUGGUGGAGGGCUGGAACUUGUAUCUCUAAGACCAAAGAUCACUGACCACUUUUAAUGACAAAUAUCUCAAGGGCCACCAGAAAUAAAGCUUCUACACCACAGGUUUUCAAUAAAACCCUCUUUCCAAAGGCAGAUGAUAUUCAUCUUUUGGAUUGUGUGUGUUCCUGCAAAGAUCUUUACUACUAAAAAAAAUCAAAUCUGGUUUGUUACAUGGGAAGAAUCAAGGGAACAAUCAGAAUAAUCUGAUUUUACAGCAAGAGCGUCACCUAAUUUUGCAUUUAGUUAUGUUUGUUAUUAAAUGUUACUAUAGGCAUUUCAUAAAAAAGUGCAGCUCUGCUGCGAUUUGCAAGUUUGGCACAGCUCCCUGAAGAUUUUUUCUAAGGCCCUAAUGAUAUCUAUAUAGUCUCAGUAAAUAUUUUUAUUAUCUGUACUUCUGCACUAGUGGGUGUAGGUAUCCAAUGGAGAACUCCCACAUCUGACGUAGGGGUAACAGGAAUAUUGAAUUCCAAAGGCUCCUCACAUUUCUGAGUGGUCAGUCAUGCAUCCUGAAAACCCGACUCAAAUGUAAACACAAUCAUUAGUAAAUCCAGGAAGAAACAGAAUAGCUAAGAAUAGUUUGUGUGAAUCAUCAAGGAAUUUCCUGAAGGCUCAGAUAUCAAAGUAGGGUGUACCUCAGACUGGUUCUGUUCCCUGAAUAUGAACCAUCAUAAGCAGUAUUUGUGGUCUCCUGUUUAGAAUGUGGUCUCCUGCUUCAGAGCAGUUUUCCAGUAUUUUAGAGAUAUACAAUAGCAAUCAAGGACAAGGAAGACUAUUUUAUUGAAGAACAAGCUGACUGAGAAAAACAGACUUCAUCUUGAAAUGGAGCUUGCUUUGACCAUGGGAGAAGUAAUCCGAAACUCAAUCAAAGAUUAUUUGGCUCAAAACACCAUGGCACGACGCCCACGCAACAGCAGAGCCUGGCACUUUGUCCUGAGUGGGAUACGCCGGGAUGCAGAUGCACGGGCAGUGGCUUUGGCCUCUGGAGCCCGUGGAUGGGGCUAUGACUCUGAUGGGCAGCACAGUGACUCUGACUCUGAACCAGAGUUUCCUUCCCUCUCACCAUCCAUUCCCAGUGCCAUCCCUGUGACAGGAGAGUCCUACUGCAACUGUGAGAACCAGAAUGAGACUCCCUACUGCUCCAGCCUGCAUACUAUCCAUCGGGUGAAGGACUGCCAGUGCGGAGAAGAAGAUGAGUACUUUGAGUGGGUGUGGGAUGACAUGAAUAAAUCAACUGCAACACUCCUGACCUGUGACAACCGCAAAGUGAACUUCCACAUGGAGUAUAGCUGUGGCACUGCUGCUAUCCGUGGGAACAAGGAGCUGGCAGAGGGCCAGCACUUCUGGGAGAUCAAGAUGACCUCUCCAGUCUAUGGCACUGACAUGAUGGUGGGAAUUGGGACUUCAGAUGUGAAUCUCGACAAGUACCGCCACACAUUCUGUAGCCUGCUGGGCAAGGAUGAAGACAGCUGGGGACUCUCCUACACAGGACUACUUCACCAUAAGGGAGAUAAAAUGAACUUCUCCUCAAGGUUUGGCCAAGGCUCCAUCAUUGGGGUUCAUUUGGACACAUGGCAUGGAACUCUCACUUUCUUCAAAAACAGGAAAUGCAUAGGAGUUGCAGCUACCAAACUGCAGAACAAGAAAUUCUACCCCAUGGUGUGCUCCACUGCAGCCAAAAGCAGCAUGAAAGUGAUCCGCUCAUGCACCAGCUACACAUCCCUCCAGUAUCUCUGCUGCUAUCGCCUCCGCCAGCUGUUGCCCAACUAUGUAGAUACACUGGAAGUGCUGCCUCUGCCCCCCGGACUCAAGCAAGUUCUACACAACAAACUAGGCUGGGUGCUGAGUAUGAACUGUAGCACGUUGAAGCCUUCCACCUCCUCUUCCUCCUUGUCUGGAAGCGACUCUGAUAGUUCCUGUGGAUCAGAUGCAGAGGCGUGCCAAAGGAAGAGGUGCAGGAGGACAUAAGUUAUUUUCAAACAAACUGCCUGGGGGUGUUUCAUUUACUAUCUGAGGAUGAUCCAGGCCUGGCACCUCUUAGUGGGGACAUCAACUUCUAAUCAAGUUUGCAGAGACUUCUACCCUCUUGGAAUCUUUAAGCUACAAGCAUCAGCCACUUGCCUUGGAAACCUAUCCCAACUGUGGAGUGAGUUUGAAAUGGGCAUCCCAGAUAACCUGCAGCAAAAUAUCCUAGAUUCAUCUCCUAUUCUUCUUUACCAGCUCAUUUCUCAGGAGCACAUAGACUUUUCCAGCAGAGAUGCACGUUCUCAAGCUGGCUUCCAAGUGUGGGUCUCUUCUAGCAGGCUUUAUGAUCCAAUCAAUGACUUGACUUCUAUUAAAAGACAAAAUCAGUUACCACUCCACCCUCUCCUGUCAGGUGUUGGUUUGACACUUGCAAUGAAGGCAUUGAGUCACUGGGACGUGAUCUAAAACAGCAGUAUUAAGAGAGAGGCUCUUAGAAUUGCAUCUACAUGUUUUACUGUUGGCACUGUUAUGAACAAGCGGUUACUUGCUAAAGCUGAUCUGUAAGUGAUCUCAUUUGAAUCCCAUGACUUUAAAUUGCUUUGCAUGUUGGGUACUGCUGCUUUGCCUGUAUAGAAGACUAUUAAAUGGUAAUAAACAUACUGUUUACUUUGGCUCAUA